ACUUGCAUCAAAAAGUGUACCUGCAAACAACCUGGCCACCCUCUUGAGUGCCAAGUGCUUACCUGUGGGCCUCUGGAGAUAUGCAAAGCUGUGGAUGGUAUUUGGGACUGUUAUCCUGUGUCGUACAGGACUAUGUGGGUAUUUGGCUACUUUCAUGUUAUCACUUUUAGUGGGGCAGCCUUUAGCUACCAAGGAGCAUGCACGUAUGUCCUCACCCAGUAUUGUGGCCCUCCCGGCAAGCUACCUGCUUUCACUAUCCACAUAGUAAAUGGGCACAGAUACUCCACUGCAGCAUCUUCGACUAGGCAAGUUCUGCUGGAUGUAUAUGGGGAGCGCAUCGCUGCAAAAGAAGGACAGGAAGGCAAAGUGCAGGUCAAUGGUGUUUUGGUGAAUCUGCCUGUUAUCUUGGCCUCUGGGAAACUCUAUGCCUAUUACAGUGGAUUGUCCAUCAUCAUUCAAACUGAGUUUGGUCUCUCCAUCUCCUAUGACUGGUCUUACUAUGUAUCAGUUUCUGUUCCUGAGACUUAUUCUGGCUUCCUCUGUGGUCUUGGUGGAAAUUUCAGUGAGAACCAUCAGCAGGACUUCAGGACUCCCAACAGCUCUGUAGUUCACAAUAGAGACAUUUUUGGCAACAGCUGGAAGAAAGCUGAUUCCCCUUUCUACUGUGCAGUGGUUGGAGUCCCAACCACAUGCAGUGAAACUCAACUAGCCCUCUUCAGAUCUCAGAAUUACUGUGGGAUGAUCAGCAAUAGAGAGGGACCAUUUGAAGAAUGUGGGAAUUUUAUGGGUCUUCAAAACCACAUUGAAAACUGUGUAAUCGACCUUUGCACAAAUCAAGGUGCUCAUAAAAGCCUGUGUGAAGCCCUCCAAAGCUAUGCUUGGCAAUGUCAAAUUCAUGGCGUCAACAUUCAGGCUUGGAGGGAAAUUACGGAGUGCGAUUGAUGGAGUGGUAGUAAACCUUCCAGUUCAAAUCCAGACUUUAGGAAUCACCAUUUAUCAACAUGGAUUUUAUACUGUUUUAAAAACAGAGUUUGGCUUAAUAGUGAAUUAUGACCCAGGUCACAAUCUCUUUAUUACCCUUUCCCCUGAAUACCGGGGCCUGGCUUGUGGUCUAUGUGGGAACUUCAAUGAACUCAUGGAGGAUGACUUUAUGAUGAGAAAUGGCUCAACUUCAGAGGACAUAUUGGAAUUUGUCCUGAACUGGAGAUCAGAAACUAAUCUUGCUAAUACGGUUGCCAUUAUUCCAAUGUCUGAACAAGGAGAACAUCUCACUCACUUUAAAUCUCUGUGUCGGAUCAUCCAGAAUCCAGAUGGACCAUUUUCUUCUUGCCACCUCCAAGUUGAUCCAUUGUCCUUCUUCACAGACUGCAUUUUUGACCUUUACGCCUCCUCUGGAGACAAUAGCAUCCUAUGUCACUCCAUUCAGAUAUAUGUUGCAGCUUGUCAGAGAGCCAAUGUCACCAUCUCAUCUUGGAGGAUAGAAGAUGUCUGUGGCCUCGACUGCCAGACCAACAGCCACUAUGAACUCUGUGGGGCUCCCUGCCAGGAUGUCUGCUCGCAUGUUUGGGUCGAGCUUCAUUGCCUUCCCACGUGCUCUGAAGGAUGUUUCUGUGACCAAGGGUACUUGCGCAAUGGAGACAGUUGCAUUCCAGAACAGCAGUGUGGCUGCAUAUACAAUGGGCUGACUUAUAAGAUUGGGGACCGGGUCUGGCUGCCUGGUUGCCACGAGCAGUGCAGCUGUUAUGGCCCCUCUGACUUCCGCUGUGUGGCUGCCAGUUGUAAUCCUGAACAGACAUGUACUGCGAAGGAUGGAAAACUAGGCUGUCACUCACCAUGGGGAACCUGCACAGUGACUGGGGACCCUCAUUACUUCACCUUUGAUGGCUCGGUGGCACAUUUCCAAGGCACCUGUGCCUACGAGAUCUCAAAGACUUGCAAUGCCUCCUCUCCAUUCUUCUUCCGGGUUGUGGCAUGGAAUCAACACCGGGGAAACCCUCCGGUGUCUUUUGUAACUCGAGUGGAAAUCUGGUUGUGGAGCAGCACGCUAAGCUUCCAUAUUGUCCUAAGGAGUGGUCCCAUUGUAGAGGUCAACCAUGAAGUGGUGGAACUGCCCCAUAUCCUGUUGCUCACAGGCUCCAUUUCCAAGAUAAAAAAUAUGGUGAUAAUAAAAUUAGCAGCAAAUGUAGAAAUCCAUUAUAAUGGCCAACACACUCUGUUCAUCAAAGUGGGACCAGAGUAUCAGGGGAAGGUGUGUGGAAUGUGCGGGAAUUUUAAUGGUAUUCCAGAGGAUGAUAAAGUGUUGCCUGAUGGAAGCAGAGCCCACAAUGAUUUGCACUUUGGCAAUGCCUGGAAAAUAGAGACCAGCCCAGCAGGGUGUAUGGAUGACAAUUCCACCCUGGAGCCCUGUGAAAAUCUGCAGGAAUACGAAGAGCUCUGUGGGAUUUUGGUCAGCCAAAUGGGACCGUUUGCCAGGUGCUACUGGCAUGUGGAUCCUUCCCCAUUUUAUUUGGCCUGCCUGUAUGAUUUAUGCCAUUACGGGAGGAAUCACAACAUGCUGUGCAUCAGCCUUGCAGCUUAUGAACAAAUGUGCCUCCUUGAGGGGAUUCAGACCCCGGACUGGAGGGCUUCCGUUCAAUGCCCUGCCGCUGACCCCUGCCUUGACUUGGCUUGUGGAGAGGAGGAGUGGUGUGGGGAAAGGGGAGGAAAAUGGGGCUGCUUCUGCCACAAAUCUUAUAGCCCCACCAAAAGAGCUGACUAUGAUUACCAGCUGCUCUGCACCAGCAGCAGAAGUACGGUCUCUCUCUCCCGUUGCCUCCUUUUCACUGAUGGAUUCUCUGCUGAAAGGCUCCACCUCGCUGACCCCAGUUGCACGGGCUCCUUAGUUGGGGACAGACUCGUCUUCUACUUUGACACAAUGCAGAAAACCUGUGGGACCCAAAUGGAGGCAAAUACAACCCAUGCUAUCUACACCAACGUAGUGCAGGGUCAUCUGGAGAACACCUACGGCGGGAUGAUCAGCCGAGACCGGUUUCUUUUCCUGCGCUUCUCCUGUGCUUUCCCACUAAACAUCAAUCUCUCCAUAGCACCCGUCAUCUACCCCAUCCAUGACAUCAUUAACAUGACCAUCUCCUCUGGCCAAGGGAACUACCAGGCCAUCAUGACCUUGUACCAAGAUCCCCAGUACAGCAAACCGUUUGCCCAGAGCCCUAUUUUUCUCACGGUCAACCACAAAGCCUAUGUGGGCAUCAAGGUUUUGGGAGCUGACCCCAGCCGCUUUGUGGUCACCUUGUCCUCGUGCUGGGCCACACCAGACAGAGACCCUUCCUCCAGCCUUCGGUGGGAUCUCAUCACCAACCAGUGUCCCAAUCCUCAAGACAGCACAGUGCAAGUUGAGGAGGACGGAGUAUCUCUGUUGGGGCGCUUCUCCUUCAAUGUUUUCACAUUCAUCGCAGAUUCUGAAGAAGUGUAUCUACACUGUCGUAUCCGCCUCUGCAACUUCUGGGUGGCCAAAUGCACAGUGAACUGCCAUUCACCAGACUCUGUGAUAGUGGGAAGGAAGCCUCCAUCAGCCAUCAUCUCAGCUGGUCCUUUCUUGAAAUACAGUAGCAAUUUGCUAGAUCACGCACUUUAGUGUCCUGGACUCCCUGCUGACCUCUUUUCCUGGGAACAUGGAUGGAUGGAUGGAUGGACAUUGCAGACAAUGAGGUCUAUCAUUCACAGAGAGAUUUUCAGGCUGAUAUAGUCUUUGGUUGAAUCAAUAAGGGACAGAGAACAUUGUAACUCAGGAGGUGAAAAAAGCUCUGGAUGAUGCUAGGAGUCAUAGUUAGAUACAGUCUUGAUUAUUCAAUGGUUGAAUGUAUGUAUAAUUAAAGUUGCGAAGUACACAAAA